AUGGCUCCGCCGCAGGCGAAGCGCGUGCGCGCCACCCCCGCUGCCGGGGCAUCCCCGGCCACCGCACCGCGAUCCAUUGGCUCCGGCCGCCCGGCGGAGCCUGCCCCCUCUGAGGGAGCAGCGGCUACCGGCGUCGGCUCCAAGGUGUCGGCUACCAAGCCGGCCGCCGCCGCGCGCGCCGGCAAAGCCACGGCCACUGGCGGUGCCGCCAAGGCCACAAAGGCCAGUCGGCCCAAGGCCGCCUCCGCCGCAAGCAAGGCCACGCCCCCGCCGGCCGGGGCUUCCACAACGGAUGCCUCGGCAGCUGGCACGGCUGCCAAACCGGCCGCCAGUAAGGCCAGCCGGUCGACCGGCGGAACAGCCGCCUCCAGGAAACGUGCCACCCCGGCCGAUGGGUCGAGCGUGGGCCCGGCGGCCAAAAAUGCCAAGGCAGCUACAGGCGCGGCUACCAAGCCCCGGGCCCCGGCCAAGCCGAAGGCCACGGCCCCCUCCUCGGAGUCGCAGGACUUCUCCUCGGACCCCACUUCGGAGCCCUCACCAGCUCCCACCGGCAAGGCAGCCGCCAAACCGCGUCCCGCGGCUGGUGCCAAGAAUGCCAAGGCCCCUGCACCCAGGCCAAGACCCGCCGCCAAAGCGGCCACCGCUCGUGCCCAAACGGCCGGGCGGCGUUCAAAGAGCCAGUCUCCGAGCCCGGCUCCUUCUUUGGUGGCCCCCUCGCCGGCACUCUCGUCCACCGGCUCCUCCUCCGCCUCCGCCUCCGCCUCCACUUCGGGCGCCGUCUCCUCUUCGUCCUCCGCCACAUCCAGUGCUGUUCCCUCAUCGCCCACUGCCUCAGAUGAGCCGGCCCCCACGGCGGUGACCAAAACCGAGGCGCCAGCGCGGGUAACCUCGCCGGCCGUGGCUGCCGGCCCGCCGGGUGCCCGACCUGCCAAUGCCCCGCCUAUCAUUUCCCUGCCCCAGCCUCAAACCUCCUUCUCGUUGGAGCAGAUCGACGGAUUCCUUGGUCAGGUGGAUAAUCUUUACCAUGAAGCACACUCAUUGCGCUCGUCCAUGGUUUCCCUGGUGACCAAGCUCAUGGAACCGCCCCGACUGAAGCCACGGCCGGCCACAGGCCUCAAUGAUGGGGAACUCUUCACACCGAACGACCCUCCCCAGGAAGAUCGCGAUACCUGGCUGGAUGAGAUCGAAGUGCAUGCCAAACGCUUGGACCCGAGCCGCGUGAACGUUCUCCUCCGAGACUCGCUGAAAAUCGAAGCCUCCGGUAUCCUGAAAGCCCCGGCCAUCACGGCUCCCGUGGAACUUGCCGGCAUCCAGCCACACCUCUUCGUGGAUGCCCUGGCCGAGUUGAAUGAACAGAAAGUCACACAGGGCGUGGCCCAGGUGGCGGCCGCCUCGCUGGCCCGGCAGACGCGCCGUCACUUCUCGCCUCGGGAUCGGACGGCCCCUGGCCUGAAUGUGGCCCUGCCAAUGGUCCUCUCGCCGGCGGACACGGCCCGUCGAUUUGAUCGCCUGCUCGAUGCCUGUGUGACGGCCAUUCAGAAAGCCGGCCGGCCAGGGCUCUCCGCUCGGCGCAUCACCCCGGCACACAUUCGCCACAUUCGCCUGCGCGUAGAGUUGACUCUUGAUCGCGGAGUGGGCGGCCUCUCGAUGGUGGUGUCUUUGCGGCCGGAUUCCGCGCGGCGAACCUGGCAGGCGGUCCUCCACGCCAAUGGCAUGGUCACCGGGCCAAGUGCCCGCGGUGGACAAAUCCCAGAUGCCGAUCUGGCACUGGGCAUUGUCCAUGCCACGGUCCUCAGCCCGGAGGAGGGGUCAACGUACGGAUCAACCUUUCCCACCACCGGGCAGCCGGGACUGCAGGGCGCUCUUGGCCCGUGCUAUGGCGGCUGGGGCCGGUAUCCGCAUUUGUCGGUGGGUGCCGUAUCGGACCUGGUCAGCCACCAGAGGACCCUGGAGCGCAUUUCGACAUAUGCACGUCUUCUCCUGAAUCGGACCUUGCGCAUGCCCUUCUGGCAGGGCUUGGCCGCGUUGCUGUCCUGGUUUGCCAGCCACGCGGAUCUACUCAAUGCCGAUUGCGUGCGCUGCCGGCGACAUCUGUCCGUGGACACGGCGACGGGUGGUCCACUUGGGCCAAUCAUGCGCCUGGGCAUGAGCAAUCCCCUUGGUCGGCUUCUGGACGACUUCACCGCCGACGGGGGAGGAGAGUCCUCUUCUGCCGGUGGCGGACCGGUCGGCACAGAGCAUGAUAUCCUGUGGUCUGGUGGGGCCCUGCCAGGGCCAGGCUCGGCCGAGUCGCCCGACUCGGGUGCUGAAUCUGCAUCCACCAUCACGGCAGCAGCCGGGAGUGCCUUCAAUGUGCCGUCUGCCAAUCUGGACGUCGGGUCGGAUUCCUGGCUGGCCGACCUCGGGAUCCCGGGAUCGGUGGCCCUCGGCUUGGAAGCUGGGGCCGGGGAACUUGGCGAUGCUGGGGAGGGCCUCCCACCAGGACCGCUGGGUUCGGGCCUGCCCGCGAUUCGACCGCAGCCAUCACCAUCACCAUCGCCGUCACUUCCGAGCAUGGACCCGAUGGGCACCGAUCUGGCGGCCUUUAUUCGGUCGCUCGACUGGCAUGCAUACCAUCCGGAGUGCCAUGCGGCUGAUUCGUAGAGUGCCAGGGAGGGAGGGAGGAGGAGGUCCAUCGCCGCCCUCCUCGCCCUCGCACUGUGCGUGUGUGUGUGUGCGCAUUCGUGCGCGUACCACCCAUAUAGACCCCCCCUUGUGCCUUCACGCCCCGUCCUUGUAUCUCCCCUCCUUCAUGGCUUCCCCCUCCGAACCAAACAUGUCCUUGUUGCUCCCUGCUCCUCGUCGUCGUGACACC